GUGUUUCUUCACUGAUGCCCAACCUUUCCCGCCGGCUUGACUGACCGCUUGCACAAUUCAUCAAUCGCUGUCAUCGCUGUCCAAGGUUCUCUCCUUUCUCUCUCCUGCAACGUCAGACAAAGCAGAAGCCCGCGUUGUGGACAGAAAAAGAGACGAUAUCUCUCUCGAGAACGACGAUAAUUACCCCGCGUAUAAGUCAAGACUGCGCCAUCGCGCCGACGCGACAACCUCGUCUGUCCCAGCUGUUUAAGAGCUUGCAUCCGGACUAGGCUACGAAGCAAGCAAACAGCGACGCAGUGCACCGUUGAAAGAACAAACCAAAACCAACGACUCAAACAAGCCAUCAUGGAUCCCCAAAAUCCCUCCUCAGCCCCUCACGGCGGCCAUCAACAUCCCCAGCCCCCACAGCAACAACCACAGUAUGAUCUCAGCAAGGGCGGCCACUAUGGUGCCAGUGUGCAUCUUUCACAGCAAGGCUUUGCUCCAUCAGAGCUCUACACCGGGACAUGGGCGAAUGUCCACCAAGGCCUCACGGGGUCUUACAAAGACAUCCUGACGGCCUACUGGCAGCAAACCAUCAACCACCUCGAGACGGACCAGCAUGACUACAAACAACACCAAUUACCCCUUGCCCGCAUCAAGAAGGUGAUGAAGGCCGAUCCCGAAGUCAAGAUGAUCUCAGCCGAAGCCCCCAUUCUCUUCGCCAAGGGCUGCGACAUCUUCAUCACUGAGCUCACCAUGCGUGCCUGGAUUCAUGCUGAGGAGAACAAGCGCCGCACCCUCCAACGCUCCGAUAUUGCCUCCGCCCUUGCCAAGUCCGACAUGUUUGACUUCCUCAUCGACAUCGUUCCCCGCGAGGAAGCCUCCUCCCACGCUAAGCGGACUUCCAACCAGGCUGCUGCUGCUGCCGCCGCUGCCAACCAACAACCCCCCCAGGUGCCUGGUGUUGGUCCCGGCCCCGGCGGUCAGCACACGAUGAACCCCGCCGACUACGGCGUUCAUCAGAUUGCCCAAGAGGGCGACUACCGCAAUCCUCAGACCAUGUACCCAGGCGGUGUUAUGCCUGGCGCGCCAUCAUAUGGUCAACCGCAGGCCCAAAUGUAUAACGCCGAUGAGAUGUACUACGGUACUAUUCAACAGCAACAGCAGAGCGCUUAGAAGUCGCCUGAGCUGAAGAGGGAAGAGCAAGAAGAAGGUGUGGCGGUAGGAGGAAGCCAGCAGCAGGACCUCGGAGAGAAUGCUCAGCUUCUUGCCGAUCAGGUCCAUCAUACCACGUCGACAAC